ACCUCCCUGUCUUGAAGCAAACGGACGAACGGUGUCAGUGUUUGUUUAAUGGGAUAUUUCAUUAUGCCAUAUGACGAUUCAGUUUUUAAAUGUGUUUAGUUGGAGAAUAAUCUGGGUGGGAUGCUCACCAUGAAGGCGCUGGCCGCUGGUGGAGUCGAGCCCGGAGGUGGGCUGGGCUCGUCAAGGAACAUCACGAUGGGGUCGUUGAUGAUGUCCACGCCGAUGGACAGGCGCCGGCGCUCCCCGCCUGAUACGCCGCGGUGCCCCUCGUCGCCGAUUAUGGUGUUGGCUGCGUUGCGCAGGCCGAGCUGGUCGAUGAGCGCCUGCACGCGCUUCUUCUUCUCCUUGGUGGGCAGGGAGCGCGCGAGGCGGAACUCGGCGGCGAACAUGAGCGUCUCCUCGACGGCGAGCAUCGGGCACAGGAGGCCGUCCUGCAUGAUGUACGCGAAGAUGACCUUGAGCAGGUUGCUGUCGAGCGACUCACCGGAGAUGUUGUCAAGCGGCGUCUUCAUCCGGGGCACCUCGGGCUCCGGCGCCAUGAUUCAGCACAUAAACGUGACAUAUAUGAUGCAGGGUGAAACACAGGAUAUACUAAAAGGUGUCAAAGGAGCAAGCUUCACUUCAGUUACUCACUGUUCUGUUAUCAGAGUUUGGAAAAGAGGUAUGUACAUGCAGCAAGGGUAUAUGCAGAUGAUCAAAUAAGAAUAUUUAGUUACAUUAAUAUGAAGAAUGUACUGGUUCUGUCAUGUUCGUUUGGUGAUUAGUGACUCCAAAAGGUAGUAUAUGUGUGUAUAUACAUAAAUCUUCGAUCCCAAGAAGAUCGCAAGCAAGAAAAACGAAAGGUGCAUGCGGAUGCUUCCAUAUGCAAGCUAUAACCGGCAAUCAAAUAAUUUCUCAAUUGUGACUGUCCUGUUAUCGUAAGUACACUCCUACAAGGAACAACAAGGACAUACCUUAAGUACACCUGCAAUCAAAUCAUUUCUCAAUUGCUACCGAACUCACCCUCAAACAAGAACAUGACGGCUUCUGAAAAACAUGCUAAUAUCAUCGGGAAAUCAGUUUAUGCAAUUGGUUUUAGAAUGAAGUUUACGAAAAGGUCAUCACAAUCAAAUCAACUUAUUAUAUCCAUCCAACUAAAUAUAAAAGAAAUUAGUCCAUUUUCGGUCUCUCAACUAUAGCCACCUUUCGAUUUUCGUAGAAAUCUUACAUCUCUGAUCUAUCAAAACUAUUUACAACUCGUCUUUGGACACUCUGGAUGACUGUUUUGCACAUGUGGUUGGACUGACUAGACGCUGACUCAACACUAUUUAAUACGCCUCCCCCC